AUGCACAAACUGAUAAUAUCUCGUCGUCUGAGCAUUCUUCGUAGCAAUUUUACCGCUUCUGUACAGCCUAAUUGGCUAGAAAAAAACUGUGGUGAUGUACCUGUGCAUCCACAGCCUCAAGACUUGAAAGCCAGUGAAAUGUUGCGUGGUGGUCACGUCCUACAGGUCGCGAGCGCAAAGAUGCUGGAAGCAACGGUGAAUUUUAAUCCAAUCAGGGCUUUUUCCAGUACGCAUACGAAAAAAUUGAAGCAAUUGUAUCAAGCUGAAAACAAGGCAGUACAACGUCUUGAAGACGCUGUCAAAAUAAAUUCCAUUCGAUUUCGUCCAAGUUUAAUGAUUCCAGCUCUUGAGCUUAGCAGUUUUAUUGUUGGUAGUGUGCUAAGCACCUUGGGGGAUAAAAUCAGUACGUCGUAUGUGACGGGAGUAAAGACGGCAGUGAGUGACUACUACAAUGAUCAAAUUCGUGAAAUUUAUGCCACUUCAUCUGAUAUGGACCAACUUAAAGAGUUAUUCAAGGUCGCGCGUGAUGAGGAGCAAGAGAUUAGUGACAUUCACACGCCUGAUAUGGCAAACCCAAAUGACGGUAUCUCAGACCCUAUCGCGACGGUUGCAAAGGCUUCUGUGAAAGUAUUGGUUCAAGUCGCUAAAUUUGUGUAA